AUGCCAGCCAAACCUGUUCUCUCCUGGUCUAAACGCCACAGUGGCCUUGACCCUUCUUCUCGGACGGGACUACUCGAUACACUGAAACGGCGGCCAUCGAAGCUUGCAACCACAGCAGCAGACGGCAAGCAAAAUGGAUCCAGUACGAGUGUUGCUCAGUACGAUACAGCGCUGGCCAGCGCAGUCAGUAAUUUCCAUGUUGCAGUCAAUGACAUGUUGUAUUCGCCAGCGUCGAUAAACACACUAAGCUCGAAAUCUUCUUUUGUGGACAAACCCCUUCCCAGCAGGCCACGAUCUGCAUCGGUGCCAUCAUUGGUAGAGUUGCCCGCUGAGUUGCCCAAAUCAACCCUUUUACAGGGCCAAGGCUAUCCAUUGUAUCACGAUCCUAUUCGCGCGACAAAAUCGGUCCAGGCCCUUCAGGAUGAGAGCCAGUACCCGAAAAUGCAACCCGCCUGCGAGAAGGUCGCUACCUUGGACAUACCAAAGCCGGCUGUACCGACAUUGACCCAUGCCAGAAGCGUCCCGCAUCUGAGUUCCCGAUAUAGUCUGGCAAAGACGACCCGCCCCAGCAAAAUCCCUGUUCUCAGUACAGCCGCUCAGUCUGGUUUCCAAGGAUUACAGCGAAACCACUCCUUGACCGACACUACCUUGCAGAGACGUCCAGAGUCUAGUCUGAAGUCGCUUCCGACCAUCACCAAAAACGACCUUAUCGAAAGAGGUGGCAGAAAUUCCGAUCAAGGUCUUGAGAAGCGACACGGCUAUGUAGAAGCGGAGUCUUCCCAAACUAGCCCAACAUCAGCACACAGCAAACAUGCCCAUGAGCUAGAGUCGACCAACGCUAGUCAACUUCAAACCAUAGCAAUAUUGCAAGCCCAGUUCGACAACCUAAGGGCCUCACAUGAAUCCCACGUGGAGACGCUCAAACGUUCACAUUCGGUCCAAGUCGCUUCUCUAGAGCAUCAAGCACGACUGCUCAAGGAACGAAUGAACGAGGAAGGCCUUCAGCGAAGGUCAAGUGGUGACUGGCUACAUGUCCCAGUCGAUGAGGGCGUUGCGAAGAAGCCGGCAAACUUCGAAUCUCUAAACUUAGAUACGUCUUUUGAUGAGAUAUUGACGGGAAAGACACAUACACACACGUUCCAAAUAAAUGCACCUGAAAUGGAAAAUUUGAAGCGCAAGCUUUUCGCCUCUCCUCGGCUAGAAACAGCAACCCAGAACCUACAUUUGGAACUCAGCUUAUACGCACGAAACAAUACUGCUCUCCAGAAACAGGUUGACUCACUCACGACAAAAUUAAAUGAGUCGAACGAGAGCGAGCGAAAGCUGAGAGAGACGCUGGGCCUGGUGGAAACGAAAAGUGCCGAGUGGGAAGAGAAAGCAAAGCACGCCAACAAGCUCAUUGACAAGCUCACUGAAAAAAUCCAUGCUCUGAAAAACACCACUGCUGACCUCGAGGCUCGCCUGGAAAUUGCCAAUGCUAAACGAUUGGAUGCUGAAGAACAGUUCUCAAACCUGAGGGAUAAGAAGUCGCCAUUUGAUUUCACUCCUGCCAAGCUACGUAUUUCAUCGAAUGCGAUUCGGGUAGCCUCAGGUACGCAAAUUAGUACUGGUACCCAAACUUCUAGCGAAUCAGCCGAUACUUCAGAAGCAGUCGUCUCAGAAAACCCUGCGCUGGCUGCAUCCGCCUCAGAAAUUGAGCAACUACAAGCUCAAGUUGCUGAGAAGAAUGCAUACGUAAUUGAACUAGAAGCGAAACGAGAAGAGCUACAACAAGAAUACAACAAACUAGACCAAGAACACAAGAGAGUGGCUGUACAAUCGGAUCUUCAGUACGAGCUUUUGAAGGAAACUCGUGCAAGCGACAAGCUGAUCGAGCAACUCCGGAACGCGGUCAUUAACCGUGAAUCCACAAUCAUGCAAAAUGAAGAGUCGAUUCACACAUUGACGAGGCAGCUUGAGUACCACAAGGUUUUGCUGCAAGCAGAAAUCCGACAGCAUACAGCAAUGAAGCUUUUUGUUGCCGAGGAAGAACAGCCUCUGCCGGAGCUUAGGUCAUUAGCCAAGGGUGCAGACAUUGAUUGUUGGAUCGAAAAGCUUCAUGAGCGUUUGAAGAGAGAGAAGCCGAGUAGCGAGGACGAGGCUGUCGUUGACACGCCCGAGGCGAAGAUGGAAAGGUUACGUCGCGAGAUUGACUUUUAUGUGCGCGAAAUCAUCCUGUUCAAGCUUGAUAUCAAGGGGUACCGAAGCGACAUUCGCAAAUUGAAGGAAAUGGCUGCGAACAAGGGUGGCUCCGAAGAAUCGGAUGAUACUAGAGAGAAGGCUUCCGCAACCUCACCAGUCCGAUCUACUUUUGCACCCGUCACACCCGAGCUGGAUGCCUUUCUCAACGCUUCGUCAAUUAGGGACCAUACCGACAUCUUGUCGAGAUACGAAGAGCAUUCUGUUGCCCCGUCAUCACCGGGUCCUUCUCAUAAGAGCUGGACUGGGGAGGACAAUGAGCAGAUGUUUGGGUUAGAGAUACCCAAGGUUUCUUGGAGUUUGAAAAACAACAGCUUCUUUACAACCGAGUCUGGUCGUAUCGACUCGGCUUUCUCGCCUUCUCCAACCCCAAAUCUGAUCUCAAAGAACUCGACCCCUUCGUGUGUUUUGAGCGAAUCUCUUGAAAUUGGCCAGCAGCGGGAUUCACUCGAGCCCGCAGAAAAAAGACGAACGACGUCAACGGCCGAACGGGAAGCAGCAUCUUACAGACAAUUUAUAUUCAUGUCAGAUGCCCCCGAGUCACCUCCAAGUCUGCCAGUUGAUAUAUAUCAACUACUAGACAAUUUCAGUUCGAACGAACAGAUGGCGGAGACAUCAUUUGGCCCUUAUGAUGAGGUCGAAGUCUCUAUACUACCGGGAUCGCCUACAAUAUCACUCUCUGAAACCGAUUCAGUCAUUUCGACGGCGAGUGAUUUCCUUUUGUAUUCUGUGCUUUCAGCCGAACGCAAACCAAGCAAUGCUCCAACACCAAGCGUGCCCCUCCAGGUAGCCGUAGAGCCGCUGCCAGCACCAGUACUUGUCACGCCUGCUGUUGCCACUCAUACCCUGGGCUGCUCAAUCACCCGUGGUGCGCCAUUCGAUGUCAAGCUGUCUUCUUCCAAAUUCGACACUGAUGAGACCACGGCGCCAUCCACUCUCGCGGAUAUACCAGUCCUGCAAACCAAGACAUGGCAAGAAGAAAUGCAUAAAGCAACCAAAUCAUCCUCGAGUUCUCCCACUGUAUUCGAAAAGGAGGAAGAGCAAUCCAUGAGUCUCCCUAUCAUUAUGUCCCGCUUACGUGGAGGAAGUAUAAGCAGCAUCUACUCGGCGGACAGUGUGUCGAAGCCCAGCGAACAACAAGAUACCGAGAUAUCCGAGAGCAACGUGAUUAACAUGUUGAAAGCGCUGCAGAGCUGCCCGUUCAGUCUCAAACCAAAAUCAUCGUCUUCUUCAUUACGAAGCUUUGCAUGA